AUGGCGGCCGAACAGGAUCCUCAGACAGGCUCCACAUGCUCUGAGCAGCAGUUGGAGGGACACAGGGCACAACAGAGACUUGAGUCACCCAGCAGCCAACGAGCAGAAGGGAAUGACUCAGCCCCAGCCACAAAAGGGGAUAUCAGGCAGCUACUACAGGAAAUGAAGCAGAUGUUUGAUGCUGACAUGAACCUG